GCUUACAAGUUACAAGUUAUUUUACUGUACAUACGUACUUUAUUUAUUGUAAUUUGAAAAUUGUUUUGCAUACAGUAUUACAAAGCAUAAAUAAUAUAUGGAUAAGUAUUAAUAAAUUCAAUAGUAAUUUAAAGUUUUAUAAAACCUCGAAAACAUUAUUCUUUCCAAGGAUUUCGUUUAGCAUUGUUUAAUAGGAUACUAUAAAUUUUUUGUGCCGAAAGUUCUUACAAACUUGAAUAGUUGUGUCUUUGAAGCGAAAAUUAUGGCAUUGUUGGAAAAAGAAUGGUUUAUUGAAGCACCCUGGGGAAGAAUAAGCAUUAUUGCAUGGGGAAACUGCUAUGAUCCACCUGUACUGUUGUGCCAUGGAUCAAUUGACUCUGCUGCAUGUUUCAGGCCACUUAUCAGACUGUUACCACAGAAGUUUUAUUAUAUAGGUAUAGAGUUGCCAGGUAAUGGCAAAUCAGACCCAUUCCCACGGGGCAUGGUUCUAACACUAUAUGAUUUUGUGUAUGCUGUACAUGUUGUAGUGAACCACUUCAGAUGGGAAAACUUUAUUAGUAUAGCUCAUUCAUUUGGUACAUCUGUCGUGAAAAUGUACAACUUAUGUUAUCCAGGAAAAUUAACAAAGAUUAUAGAAUUUGAUCCGGCAUUACAUAGGAUGGUGACCCCAGGAAAUUUUCACAGCUGGUAUCAAAAAACUUUUGGUGAUUUUUUUAAAAACUUUGAGGAAUAUAACAUGGAUAUUGAAAAAACUAAAAAGGUGUCUAAGGAUGAGGCUCUACAGAGUUGUAUGAAACGCCGCCAUUUGUCAGAGGAACGUGCGAAGGAGACAUUAGAAAGAACUUCUAUACCUGCUGGUGAUGGAUUCAUAAGAUACACCUACGAUCGUAGGUUAAAAGUUCUACAAACGCCACCAUUCACGCCCGAACACUACAAGGAUGUUUUGACAAGCGUCAAAACUCCAACCUUGUCUAUUGUAGCUCAAGACACAAUCGACUCAGGGUUCUAUAAGCUGACGCCAUUUUUGCUGGACGAAAAGGCGUAUCCGAACGGCAAUUGUCGGAUUAAAAUUGUGAAGGGUUCGCAUGAUGUGCAUUAUAAUAAUCCGGAGUGUGUGGCAGAUUAUGUUACUGAGUUUUUGAUGGGUGGUUUUAAAGCUAAAUUAUAGUUGCAAUAAGUAAAUGUUUUUAAUAUUUUUAAUAAAUAAUCUUGCUUUUUA